UGCUGCUGCAACUCUGUCUGCUUCCACCACAAAUCAAGGGCAUGAACAGCAGGAGCCUUGCCUACAGUGGCACUAUGGUCCUCCAAGAGGAAAUGAUUGUGGCAGCAUUAUUUUUCUCUCUGUUUGGUGCUUCGGUUCAGAGAAAUGACAAUGGAGCAAUGCAAUCUUCUGCAAUGAGCUGUGAAUGGCAAUGGAAUUGUUGGCGUGUGCUCUACCGCCCUCCCUUUAUCUGCGCCCUAAUAGGCUCAUCCGUGGACCUGCUCAGCACAUAUACAUACCCCUCCUCUGAAACACUCCACAGUGUAGUGUGGCAUGUCGGAAGGCAGGCAACGGAAGAGCCAGUUAAUAUUACUAAUGAGCCAUUUUACAGAAACCGAACGGAAUACCUUACACAUUCACUGACAUCUUCCACUUUGAGAAUAAGAGAUUUGAGAGAGGGGGACUCGAGAGAGUACCGUUUCUGGUUCUUUACCCAUAAGAAUAGGUUUACUGGUGUUCCUGGAAUCCACCUGUCUGUCACAGGUCUAGAGGUGAAAGUAUCAACUGACAUGGUGACUGAGGGUCAGCAUGUGACACUGACCUGCAGCACCACCUGCAUGCUGAGUCCGAGCCCUCCUUAUGUCUGGUACAGAAAUGGACAGCCUGUAACUCACAGACACCACGGCAGAGACAAAGACUUCCAUCUCAGUUCAGUCAGCACAGAAGAUUCUGGACAUUAUUCCUGCGCUGUGCAAGGACAUGAGCAGCUGACCAGCCCUUCAGUAGCCAUAGAUGUCCGAUGUAUGCACACAAUUUCACCACAAUUUACAGUAAGUCGAGCGAAUAAGACAAAACAGACGCACAUUUUUUAUUUGAUUUUUUUUACAGAUUCUCCAAAGAACACAUCAGCAUACAUAUGUGGUGAAAUAUCAGAGGGCAGUUCAGUGACCCUGGUGUGCAGCAGCUCUGCUAACCCACCGGUGAACACGUACACCUGGUUUAGGAGCACUGGAGCUGGAAGCACGCGGGUAGGAUCAGGACAGAACCACAGCAUCCCAAACGUCAGCUCUGCUCACAGUGGGGAGUACCACUGCAGCGCCGUAAACAGUGUUAAUGAAGCUAGUUCUGCUUCCUUAACGCUAAAUGUGAAAUAUCCUCCAAGGAGCCCUAAAACUGUCACGAGUCCCUCUGGUGAGGUAGUGGAGGGUAAUAGCGUGACCUUGACCUGCAGCAGCGAGGCCAACCCACCAGUGCAUACAUACACCUGGUACCAGAGGAGAGGAGCUCUCAGCUCAGAGAUCGGAGUAGGACAGAAUUAUAGCAUAUCAAACAUGACAUACGGAGACAGUGGGGCAUACUACUGCCAGGCGGAAAAUGUCAAAGGAUCAAGGAAUUCCACACCCAUCUUUGUAGAUGUUUUAUAUGCCCCCAGGAACCUCUCUGUGUCUGUCAGCUCCUUUGAUGGUGCCAUCACUCUGAUCUGCAGCUGUGAUGCCAACCCGCCAGUGAAACAUUACACCUGGCACAAGAGGACUGGAACAGGCACCUCUCAGAGAGCCACUGGGAGAAAUCUAACACUGGAAUCUGCAGAGAGUGGUUUGUACUACUGUGAGGCCAAGAAUGAGGUUGGAGCUGCCGAGUCCAACUCACUCCCCAUAUCAGAAAAAAAUACUGCUGGGAUCUAUGCAGUAGUUGUAAUUGUAGUAAUCGCAGGACUUGUUAUUCCCAGUAUUUUAUUGAGAAAGAAAAGAAAUGGCGUAACUGAAGUCAGGGAGGGCACUACUGACAGUGAACAGGAUUGCUCAAGUCCAGUGUAUGUCAAUGUUUCAAGAGUGGCCAUGACCUUUGACCGCAAAAAGGACAGUGAGGACGCAGAGAAUGACAUCCAUUACACCAGUGUGUAUUUCAAGCACUGUGACAAACAGGACAUGUCUUUAAACUCCACACUUCAGAAGUCAAUGCCCCCUCUACAGGAAGAGGAAGUACUGUACAGCACAGUGAAACCUCAUCACGCGUCACACGAGGAAGUACUGUACAGCACAGUGAAAUGAAAUCUCACCACGCGUCACAUGACUUGUAGAACAUGACCAAGACAGUCGAUGUGAUUUAAGCUUCCAUGAGAAAUGUGAGUCUAUUGUUUGAACGGAGGUGUAGUAUAAAGUCCCCCUUCACCAACACUCCAAAUCAUUUAUCCAAAUCAUGUUGCUGUCAAGACUGUCAAAAUGAAGACUAAAUCCUCAUUACAGGGUGGCAAGAAUAUGUUUACAGUUACUUUUAACAUCAGUGGGGAAUACAUGGGCAUUAAGUGGGUAUAUAUAUGUAUCAAAAACAUCGUAAGUAUUCCCUCUAGUUGUGGUCAGGUAUCUAGUUGUGGUAUGCGCUAUAAGCAAUGUGGGGAAAAAAACGAUCUUGGAAUGUAACGAUAGACUCAACUCAUGAUACAAUGUACAAUUUUCAGUUCACGAUUCUUUUAACAGAAUAUGGUGCAUACAAAUUAUGAGUGAAAAAUAUUCCUUCAUUUAUAUAAACUGAGAGAAACACAAGGUCUUAAGUCGUUGCCACCUAAGUGUCCCAGGUAAUGUGUAGGCUAUUCUGUCUAUUCUGGCGCCUUAGUGAGGUUGUUUAAAAUCACAAUAAUCUUUUGACCAAUCUGACUUUACUAUUAUUACCUGCCAAGCUGUAGCAGCAGAUGAACAGGCAUUAUUCACAUAGACGUUUAAAACCCUGUAUUUAAUUUUCUGUUGACUCCAUUGCCGAAUCUUUUAAUACAUGUUGUCAUAUGUGUUCUAUUAAAUCAUUUAGUAGAUAUUGUACUGGGGUUAUGAAGUUUUUCUUUAUUGUCUGUGCCGAAUCUUUUGCUAUAUGUUGUCUUAUGUUUUAUUUUCUAUUAAAUGAUUUUAUACAUAAUGCCCAUUUAUUCACCUUGAA